AUGCUCUUGACCAAUCACCUUGCGGCCUGGGGUGCUGCUUUUCCCCACCUCCCCUCCUGGUCCCACACUCACUUGUGUCGCCGUGUGUGCCGUGCUCCUCCCUUCGUCCCUCUCUUCCAACAGCACAAGCUCUGGCGGGCAGCGCGGGGGCAUGGGGAGUUGCGCCUACUGGGUGGAGUGGAGGGGGGGACUGCAGCCAAGUGCAAGGGCAACCUCGCGAACUGCUCUCUAAGUGGCUCCAUCCCCUCCACAUUCAGUGCCCUCACCUCCCUCUCUCUCCUCCUUCCCUACCGCACUCUCAACUGCUCUCCCUACCCCAUACACUCCAUCUCCCUCCAAUCGCCCCUCGCACCGUCCCUCUUUCUCUUUCCCUGCCCUCCUCCUCCCACUGUCACCUCCACACCCCCACCCCCCCCCCCCCUCCCCCCACCUUCCUCCUCCCACCAGCGAUCUGAGUCCCAACAGCCUAUGGGGCACCACGCCGCCGUUGUUAGCCUGCUGUCGCAGCUGAGGCGCCUGCACGGCGGUGGCAAUGUGAGGCACGGUGGUGGCAAUGUGAGGCACGGCGGUGGCAAUGUGAGGCACGGCGGUGGCAAUGUGAGGCACGGCGGUGGCAAUGUGAGGCACAGUGGUGGCAAUUACGGUAGUAGUGACAUGGUGACUUGCCGUGGUCUGCUGCGGGGUUCUAUCUGCGGCAUUCUGGACCCCAUCGCUAUGCGCACGGAACGGAGGACAUGCGUGUGCCACACACGUGCCAUAGUGGUGCUGCCUGUUCGCACUGUCAUCACAGCUCCCUGUUGGGUUUGGGUGGCUCGAAUUCCCAUGUCUUGCACGUUGGACUCAGACUAUCAGCCUGCGAACGCCUUCCAAGGCACUCUCUCUCAAGGGCUGAGGAAGCUUCAACAGCUGCAGCACCUGUGGUCGUGCCCCUCCCUCUUAUCUCUCAAGUCUAUCUGCCUUCCCCCCUUUCCACCUGCAGUGACUUGA